AUGUUGAUCAACCUCAUAACCGGGAUUCUUAGCUUCGUUCGCUACAUCGUUGUAGCAUGCGUUGCCGGAACCGCCGCUAGUAUCCUCUGGCUCGCAGGUGCCCGGGCACCGCGGGUUACUGAGGACAAGGCCCAUCAUCACUUCAGACACAAGAAAUUUGCAGUCAUCGACAACAUCAAGGCAGGAUCUCUGGCACUCGGCGGCGCGAAGCCUCCUAACACGACUGUGGACUCGCUUUGGGAUGCAUUCCUCCUGACGCUCGAACCCCGUGCAUGGGCGGGCCACCUGAAUGUCGGCGUGAAGAGCGCGGUACACUAUGCGCUCGGACAGGAUCUAGCUAGUUGGCUGACGAUCUUACCCCGCAAUAAGUACCUUGACUUCAUCCGGUCCGCCACGAGCAGCAACACCGACUUUCAGCCAUCUGAGCAAGGAGAAAAGGGAGAUAAAAUCGAGUCUGCUGCCGAAGUACGGGCAAGAUGCAUCCAGGUCAUCAAGGCAGGCACUGCGCGCAGGAUACAGCUCCGGAUGCGCAGCCUGUCCAGAGUCCCCCUUGUGCGUUCGCACUCUGCCCCUGGUGUUCCACAGAUACAGAAGGUCGAGUCCCGCGUUCCGGAGAUACAUGCGGAGAGUACGCUAAGCACUAAGGUCGGCCUGGGUAUCAGCGCCGUUCAGGGUAUGAACGGGGCAGAGAAGGAAGCUUGGUGGCGAGCUCCAACUGCAGCACAGAUGGCGGGCACAGACGCCAACGCGCGCUGGGCGAACUCGGUGCUGAGGAGAGAUAUCGCAGAAAUGAUCAAGUCCAGGGCUCAGGAGCGAUUUGAAAAGGCUCAGGGCAUCAUUCGCGAUCAAGAUGAAAACACGGUCAGCGGCGAGUCUCGGGUACUCAACCUGGGCUACGAUGGUGCAGGUUCUCCCGCAGCGCUUGCUCCUUGCAGCUCGGUGCCCAAGAUUAACAUCGAAGCACCAUCGCCGGGGCCUCCUUCGGUUUUCUCAUAUGCCGAGGCUGUCAAGACCAUGGCGAACGCACGGGCGAAGAUUCCUUCGAAAAAGAGCAACCGAGUUUUCAGCGAGAGCAAAGGCAAGAACACUAGCCCUGAGCGCACAGAUGAAGGCGAGAAGGAGAACAACCUCGCGUCGUCGGAUGCCGGGGCAACACUGAGCUGGAGGCGAAAGGUGUCGCGUCCACCGGUGAAGACAUCUUUAUUUUCGGUGCUGCGUUCGGGCCAGAACAUGCAGACGUCGUGGGAUGGGGUUAAGCAUGGGAUGGGUGCGGGUGGAUCCAAGUCGACAGUCCAGCUGCGCUGA